GUCAGGACGCACCGAUUUAGACCCCGAUGGAUCCUGGGUUGGAUUCCAGAGGAUUGAGUCCGGAACAUAACAGAGCCCUCACUGGAAACCCCGCGCAGAAUCAGUCUCGGGUCACAGUUCGGCCUUCUUUCGAAUAAUUACAGCAGGAGUUCUACAAUCGAAACGCUGCAAUGGAUGGAGCCAGCGAUGAACACAACCAACUCCAUGACUUUCCAGCACCCCGACUGGAUGGGAUCAAUGGCGCGCAUAUAGAUCGGGAUGGAGUUUCAUUUCACGACCGUACAUUUUCCGACAGGUCUCGAAAGUCUUCUAUUGAUGGGACGGAGAGGGAGGAGCGAUCUAGGCGCCGUUUUCCUCGGGUCUCGCUACCGGUUGAACUAAUGCGAAAUUCCUAUGAUGUGGUCGUCAUAGGCUCAGGGUACGGAGGAGGUGUGGCUGCCAGUCGAAUGGCGAGGGGGGGACAAAGCGUCUGUGUCCUUGAGAGAGGCAAGGAGCGAUGGCCGGGUGAGUUUCCUGAGAAGCUAGAUGACGCGAUGAAAGAGAUCCAUAUCAGCGGCGACUUUGCUCCGGGAGAUCGAAGAAGCCUCCCUGGGACCAUGAUCGAUGCAGGAAACCCGAACGGCCUCUAUCAUUUUGUGGUGGGUGAAGGCCAGAACGUGUAUAUGGGCAAUGGUCUGGGUGGGACGAGCCUUCUGAACGCCAAUGUGUUUCUGGAGGCCCACCGAAAGGUUUUGGAUAUGGGAAUAUGGCCAGGAGAGCUGAAAGGGCAGGAUACGUGGAAGAAGUAUUAUGACCGCGCGAAGGGUGUUCUGGAACCUGCGCAGUACCCUGUCACGUUUCCGAGCCUUCAUAAAGCCGAUCUUCUCAAAAAGCAAUCCGAGCUCAUGAGCUGGGGCGAUGACUUCUACCGGGUUCCGCAAACGACCCGAUUCGAGGAUGGCCCAAACAGCACCGGGGUGUAUAUGCAAGCUUCUCAGCUGACGGGCAUGGAUGCUACUGGAAUCAACGACGGAAGCAAAUCCACCACAUUGGUGAACUACCUGAGCGAUGCAUGGAACUGGGGCGCGGAAAUCUUCUGCGAGUGCGAGGUUCGUUAUGUAGCUAAGGCUCCAGAUAGGGAAGGGUACAUCAUCUACUUCGCCUGGCACUCUUGUGGACGAGGGCGGUUUCCCAUCUUCCACGAAGAUCUCAUGUGGGUGCAUGCAAAGGAGCUCGUUUUCUUUGGAGCUGGUAGCAUCGGAACCACCGAGAUCUUGCUCCGAAGCAAACAGAUGGGAUUGGACUUGAGUGACGACCUUGGAACCGAGAUGAGUGGCAAUGGGGACAUGCUGGGCUUCGGUUAUAACACUGACUUUGAAGCGAACUGUAUGGCUCGUCCGGGGCCUACCUCAGACAGACCAGUGGGGCCAUGUAUAACAUCGGUUCUUGAUCGACGGGACCAAAAGAACCCUUUGGAUGGAUACGUGGUUGAAGACUGUGCGGUGCCACAUGCCCUUGCUCCGCUGAUGUUCUCUAUGUUAGAACGUCUACCAGAUAUGAUACGUCCCAAAUACGACAUUGUGGAGAAGACAGAAAAGCGCGUCACACGGGACAUAGCCAAGUAUUUUGGACCAUACGCCCCUGAGGGUAGUGUGCAGAAGACAGCUGUCUAUUUGAUCAUGUCCCAUGACAGUGACCAAGGCAGGAUGGUUUUGAAGAACGACAAGCCCAUGCUCACAUACUCUGGCGUGGGUCGCUCAAAAUCAGUGUCUCGCAUCCAUGAUGUCUUGGAGAAGAUGACCGCCGCUGUCGGAGGAAACUUCAUAGCUAAUCCGGUCUGGAGCACGCUGGGCCGACAGGAGAUCACCGUCCACCCAAUAGGCGGAGCUCGUAUCAGCAAAGACAAUACUGGCAACAAUGGGUCGGUUAACCACAUGGGUGAGCUACUUAAAGGCCAUGGGAACGAGACACACGAAGGCUUGGUAGUGUGCGACGGCACUGUUCUGCCGGCAGCUGUUGGGGUCAAUCCAUUUGCGACUAUCACUGCCUUUGCCGAGAGAUCGGUUGAGCUAGUUGCACAGAAGCACAACAUUGACAUUGACUAUGACACGAAGAAUGGCCAGUUGGAUAUGUUCAACACACCCUCAUUCCCUUUCCCACAGGAUGAUACAGGGAGAGAGAGGCUUGCAAUCAGGAUUGAAGAAUCCGUCAAAAACCAGACGGCCGGCAUAGAGUUCACUGAAAUCAUGAUCGGCCACGUAUAUACUGGCCCUGAUGUCAAAGACUUCGAGGUCGCAGCAAAGCUUGCUCGUGGUCGCUGUGAAGCAGCCCGGUUCUUCCUCAGCGUCAAGUCCUGGAGUACCGAGGAAUUGGUGAAUAGUCAUCUGCACCCAGCGAACAUGACUGGGACGUUCACCUGUAAUAGUCUCGGUGGUGUUUUCAUGGUCAACAGGGGCCAUUUCCAAAUGUUCAAUCAUGACUCUCGACAGCCGGAUACCGCAAAUCUGACUUACGACUUUGAUAUGACUUCACCUGGAGGACGGAUACUGCACUUCAAUGGCUACAAGGUCAUUAACACCGCAUCAUUCCUGAAUCCUUUGGAACUCAGCAGACAAACUACGACUCUAUAUGUGACCAUCACCGAGCCUGAAGGCACAGUAGUCGGCCGCGGUAUCCUACACAUUGAGCCUGAUGAUUUCGCGUGCCAGCUCAGAACCCUGGUAGCAAGUGGGCCAUCAUUCUGGUCAAAAGCGUCAUCCACAGCAAGCUUCCUCGCGUUUUUCGCCAGACAUUUGUCUACUCCCUUCCUGGCAGCACUGGGCAGGCUCCAAUGGCCGGGUACACGACUCAACUACGCUUCAAGGGAGGUCACACCGUCCUCGACAGUACCAUUGACAGCAUCUGACGGGGUCACCACCAAGAUGGUCAUGUGGAACCCCAUCUCCUCCGAUGGCAAGGAGGUUUCAGGGCCGGCGCCCAUCAUCCUCAUGAUCCCAGGGGCAGCAGUCGACCACAAAAUCUUCGCCCUCCCCACCAUUGAAUACAACGCGGUCGAAUACUUCCGCGAAGCCGGAUACCGCAUCUACUGCGUCACGCAUCGAGUCGGCCGGGCUGCCGUGGCCCGAGAAGGCUACACUCCAUACGAUGCACGACGGGAUGUCUACGCUGCCUUGGCGCACAUCCGCAAAAUGGCCAGCACCACUAGCCCGAACGAGAGCCCGAAGGUAUACGUGAUUGCCCACUGUGCUGGCUCGCUGGCUCUCUCCUGCGGUCUUCUCGAUGGGACUAUUCCAAGCAAAUGGAUCCAAGGAAUCACCGCCUCCAUGGUCUUCAUGAACCCCAAAUUCGGGAAGGUUGACAGUCUUCUGUCCGGGUUCCCAACAUCACUGUAUGAACACUUGGUUAGUCCUUAUUGGGACUGCACCAGUAGCCGCAACGACACAUAUUUCCAGUCACUCCUGAACCAGGCUUUGCGUCUUUACCCUCAAGGCGAGGCCCGCGAGUCCUGUCGAUCAGUUGUCUGUCACAGAAGUGAGCUUGUUUUUGGCCGUCUCUGGACCCACUCAAACCUCAACGACGCCACGCACUCGCAACUCGAGCGAUUCCUCGGCGGCACCUCGAUGCGAUCCCUGCAAUGGCUCAUGAAAACCGGCCAGCUCGAAAACGUCGCAGCCAACGGACCAGCAUACACCAGUCUCGUGACGCCCGAGAACAUCGAUCGCUUGAAGGGCAUUCCAAUUUUGUUCCUGUCCGGUACUGGAAACAUGGUCUUCACGGCCGAGAACACGGACAUAUCAUACACGACUCUCUGCAACGCUCACGGGCGGGAAUGGUACGAACGGGAGGUGUUUACGGGCAGAGGCCAUCUGGAUGCCUGGAUGGGCUCGACGGCGUACGAGGAUGUGUAUCCGCGGGUGAAGCGGCAUGUUGAUAGGGUCGUCAGGGAGGUGCGCAUGCCUCCUGCCAAAUUGGAAAAGAAGCGCGUGGUGUAGGUGUAAUGGAUUGGAUUGGUAGUGUGCGCAGAAUGAUGGUGUCCUUUGGAGCAUAUGUAAGUAUAGGGAUGCGCAAAUACCAG